GACACAACUGUUGCUUGUAAACAAAACCGGCCGGGACAAAGUUUUAUUUGAUUUGUUUACUACAUUUUAAUCGCCAUGCUGCCACUGCGAUCCAGCUGGAGGUUCGCCAGGGGUUUCGCCAGCGCCAGCAGCAAGGCCAAGCGCGAGUUGCUGGCCCGUUACAGUGGCGAGUAUCCCGAUAAGCUGCUCAGCAAGAAACAGAAGACGCCCACGCACAUGUAUGUGGCCAAUGCAGAGACGGCAGAGCGCAUCUCGCAGUACCUGGAGCCGCAUCUGCAGCAGACCAGCUGCGACACAGUACUCGAGCUGAAUCCCGGCGUGGGACACUUCACCAAGCACCUGCUCGACCGCGAGUCGCAGUUCCGCAAGAUUAUUCUGCUCGAGAGCAUGGAAUAUUUUAUGCCGCGGCUGCACGAGCUGCACACACUGUACCCGGAGCGGGUAAAGGUGCGCCAAGGGGAUCUGGUGAACAUUUGGAAGCUGGUCUUCAUGGACAAAAUGGACAACGGAAUGCGGGUGGCCGAGCUGCUGCACGAUGUGCCCCAGCGGCCCUACACCGAUGAUAUCAACAUGCUGGUCUUUGGCGCCGUGGGCUCGUAUUCGUUCUUCAAGCAUCUGAUCAACUCGCUGAUCUUCCAGACGAGUCUCUACACCAUGGGACGCUGCGAAAUGAUCCUGGCCAUGCCUCCGCCCAUUUAUAUACACCUGACCUGCGACAAUGAUGUGGGCUACCUCAUCUAUCGCUCCACCACUGUGCUGUUCCAAAUACUCUUUGAGCAUAAAUUCAUUGCCAAAGUGCCGCGUGAGGAUUUCCUGCCGCUGCAGGCCGAAUACAAGCUCACGAAGAGCAGCAAGCUGGGCAAGGUGCGCUCCGUCAAUCCGGAGUACUUGUAUUUGGUGAAAUUUGUGCCCCGCCGCAACCUGCACGAGCUGUGCCCGCCCCAAGACCUGGUGGCGCUUUGGUUCUUCAUCAAACAGAAUUAUGUGAGCCGAAGGAAUCGCAUAAUACCCAAUCUCGAAAAGUGGGUGCCCGGCUGUGGGCCCAGGCUGAUCAUCAAUCCGCAUGCCUCUGAGCCGAUUACUCCGACAUACCCCGAUGAGUCGCCGCAGCAGCUGCCGCAGUACACCACACAGAGCACGACGAUGAGCAACAGGGACUAUUAUCCGGGCAUCAAUAUUUACACGCAGUUUGGCGACCUCAGGCCCAGUCAGAUGCUGACACUUUUCACACAGUUCCGCCAGUGGCCAGAGUACCAAGAGAGCUCCUUCCUCGCCUCCAUGGAGAAUGCGCUGCUCAAGCUGGAGACUGUCAACGACGAGGAUGUCGUGACGCUGCCCGAGGAGGAUGACAUUGGGGCGGAGGAGCUGCUCGACGAGGCCAAACCCAACCCAGCCACGGGCCGGCAGAAAGCCAAAGCCGCUUAGAUUUUGUUUGAAUUAUUAUUUGUUAUGGUUUAAAGUUAAAAAUCUCUUGAAUUCGA